GCAGCCGGUGGCGAGUACCCCUCAGUCGGACCCGUACCACCGCUACUUCCGGCGUCUGCUCCGCGCCCCCCCAUGUCGCUGCCGCCGUGGUACCGCCCUCUCGCGGCUGCGCAGUGGCACCGUCCCAACCGCGCCGACCGGUAACCCCGCCCACGGGAAGAGGCGGGCUCGGAGGGGGAGGAGCGACUAGGAGCUUCUGAGAGAAAGGACCUCCCCUGGGGUGGCGGAAGCACUCGCCUGUUCACAGCCAAAGGAAGGCUGACAUUCACGUUUCAUUCUGCCACACUCGGGAACGGUGAUCGGGGAAGAAUGGGAAUCCGGGAGAAGCACCCGCAAAACUAGCAUCCUCCUAGAGGAGCUCGGGAACAGGAUGAGUGAUAAUCCACCCAGAAUGGAAGUGUGUCCUUAUUGUAAGAAGCCAUUUAAACGAUUAAAAUCCCACUUGCCAUACUGUAAGAUGAUAGGAUCAACCAUACCUACUGAUCAAAAAGUUCAUCAGUCCAAGCCAGCUACACUCCCACAUGCUAAAAAAAUGAAAGGGCCAAUCAAAGAUUUAAUUAAAGCUAAAGGGAAAGAGUUAGAUUCAGAGAAUGAAGAAAGAAAGUCUAAGGUGAUGAUGGACAAACCAGAACAGACAGUGAAGACCUUUCCACUACCAGCUGUUGGUUUGGAAAGAGCAACUACUACAAAGGCAGAUAAAGGCAUCAAGAAUCCAAUCCAACCAUCCUUCAAAAUGUUAAAAAAUACUAAGCCAAAGACUACUUUCCAAGAAGAAACCAAGGCUCAGUUUUAUGCAUCAGAGAAAACCUCUCCUAAAAGAGAACUUGCCAAAGAUUUGUCUAAAUUCGGAGAAAGUCAACGUAAUCCUUCAGAAGCUGGAGCGUCUUUACUGGUUGGCUCGAUAGAACCUUCUUUGUCAAAUCAAGAUAGAAAAUAUUCCUCAGCUGUACCUAAUGAUGUACAAACUACCUCUGGUGAUCUGAAAUUGGACAAAAUUGAUCCCCAAAGACAGGAACUUCUAGUAAAAUUACUAGACGUGCCUACUGGUGAUUGUCAUAUUUCUCCAAAGAAUGUCAGUGAUGAGGUUAAAAGGGUAAGAAUAUCAUUAUUAAGCAAUGAGAGAGAUUCCAAAGGCAGGGAUCACCUCUCAGGAGUCCCUACUGAUGUUACAGUUACUGAGACUCCAGAAAAGAACACAGAAUCACUCAUUUUAAGCCUUAAAAUGAGCUCAUUGGGUAAAAUCCAAGUCACGGAGAAACAAGAGAAAGGACUUACUCUUGGACUAGAGACGUGUGGGAGCAAAGAAAAUGCAGAGAAAAGUGUGUCUGCAACAGAAAAGCAGGAACGGACUGUCAUGAGCCAUGGCUGUGAGAACUUCAACACCAAUGAUUCAGUCACAGAAAAGAAGUCUCAAGGAGAAGGACCACAUUUAAGUUUGUUCAUUCCGAGGGAGACAACUGAUGAGUUUCAUUUUGUAUCGCAGUCAAGUAGUCAAAGUCUUGCUUCUCUAGCUACAGAAUUUCUUCAAGAAAAGAAAGCAGAAGCCUGGAAUCAUAAUCGUGUCCCUGAUGUAAAGGCAUUAAUGGAGAGUCCCGAGGGACAGGUGUCUCUGGAGCCCAAAUCUGAUAGUCAGUGCCAAGCAUCACACACUAGGUGCCAGAGUCCUUUAUGUUCAGACCAGCGUCACACUCCUCAGAGCCCCCUCACCAAUCACGCUGCAGCUGCUGGCAGGAAGACCCUUCUCAGCUGUGUGGGACUGGAGUGGUUUCCAGAGCUCUAUCCUGGUUACCUUGGACUAGGGGUGUUGCCAGGGAAGCCUCAGCGUUGGAAUGCAAUGGCCCAGAAGCCACAAAUUACGACUCCCCAGGGGGAAAGACUCUCACAAGGCUGGAUCAGGUGCAACACCACCAUAAGGAAGAGUGGAGUCGGUGGCAUCACGAUGCUCUUCACAGGAUACUUCGUCCUGUGUUGUAGCUGGAGUUUCAGACGUCUGAAAAAAUGGUGCCGACCCCUGCCCUGGAAGAGAACAACAGUACCUCCAUGUGUUGGUGUGGCGAAGACGACUGGGGAUCGCCGCUCUAAAACAUGUUUGGAUUAGGAAGCACAUUUAAGUAGGAGAAGCCUGUCGUGACUUGUCUCUAGUGCCUUCAUGCCCUGUGUUGCCCACUGAAUUGCCGCGUAGCACCUAAGUGUAGUGGUAGCGUAAAGGGAUAGCUUGUCACCCCUCAAGGUUAUCAGGAACGUUCGUAUCACUGCUAUAAAUGAAGUAGUAUCACUUGUCAUAAUCAGAAUGCUAAAACAUAAUGAAAAAGUUUAACUUAGUCACAGUUAAAUAUUUUAUAUCCCUGAAAAUAAGUUCCUAAAUGAGAAUAGAACUGUUUAAUGAUCCAUCAGUCCUAAAAGGAGAUCUGCCUUGUAUUGCCAAGUUUAAGGCAAAGGUGAGAUCCUGUAUUAAUAAGACGACGGCUUUUUUGGUUGACAUUGUUAAGUACUAACAAUUGUAACUCACAUAUAGUAGGAAACAAAAAAAACUCUCCGCUGACUUCUUUGAAUUAGGUACUGAGAAUCCACAAAUAAAGUAGCGUGGGUAACUUUAAAGAAGCCAUUGGAAAGUCUCCACACUCUGGAAUUACUUGCAAAUGUCUACAGAGUCAUGGAAGGAAAGGCUUCCUUAUCUGGUCAUUGCUGCCAUCUGGGUUGGGAAAAUAAGUGAAGAUGUUUCAUCAAGUCCUUGAAGAAUCUCUUCUUAAUGUUCAGAAUAGUUUAAGAGCAUUAUUGAGUUAAACUGAUAGCUGAUUGAUUAUUUUCUGAGAUUUAGAUCUAAACAAACGCAGCAUGAUCAGGAAGCACACCUCACAGCUCCAGGGUGCAAUACUGAUGUAAACUUGUGAGGAUACAUGUUUCGCUCAUAUAUGUAAAAUUGCUAUAAGUUCAUUUGCACAGCCAGUUCCAAUCAUGUAUGUGGUCACCAGAUUAAAAGCUUCAUCCAGAAAGACAAGACUCUUCAGAACAAAUAGCAGACAAAUCCACGCUUCAGGUGUGAGAUGGAAUAACUACUCAUCUCUUCACAGAGCCAAGGGAAAGCGCUGUAACAUGAUUUACCAUUUUAAACAGCCUUAUAAGUUUUAUCUCUUAAAAUCAGGCUGGGCAUGGUGGCUCAUGCCUGUAAAUUCCAGCACUUUGGGAGGCCGAGGCGGGCGGAUGACUUGAGGUCAGGAGUUCAAGACCAGCCUGGCCAAUAUGAUGAAACCCUGUC